ACUCUGGGAGCAUCCCCGAUCAAAGGGAGCGAGAGGGAAUCACGAGGGAGGAGGGGUCGCCAAGUGGUGGUGAUAAGGAUCACGAUCACCCGCACGUACGUCCUGCGUUUCACUGCAGCUGCCUGGACCGCUUCUUUACUCCAAACCGCACCACCACCACCACUGCCUCUGUGCGCGUGCGCUUGCGCUUGCGCUGUGCUGGACACACCGGAGAGAGAUCGAGAGAAGCAUACACACACUACUGCUGCUGCUGCUACCAAGCUCACGCCAGAGGUGAAUCGAAGAUCCCAUGGGAGCCUUUCUGGGAUUAAAAUAGUGAGCGACACAAGGAUUAGAAGCUGGAGGGUGUUUGUUUAUUGAUGUUCCAAGAUCUCCUCGUACUUCUUGCAUAGGGUCCAUAGGGAUGCUCAGUUGAAAUAAUAGUUGGACUGAAACUUCAAGUGCAAUUAGAACAAUGGAGAGGGAGAUUGUGACCUCAUAUGAACCCAAGAAGAACAGCGAAAUUAGGAUGUUUGAGAGUUCAGACGAGAUGGCAACAGACCUGGCUGAGUAUAUUUCACAAGUUUCAGAAAUUUCUGUUAAGGAAAGAGGUUACUUUGCUAUUGCUCUGUCUGGAGGGCCUCUUGUCAGUUUUAUGCGGAAACUGUGUGAAGCACCAUACAACAAAACUCUGGAUUGGUCUAAAUGGUACAUCUUCUGGACUGAUGAGCGUGCAGUGGCAAAGAACCAUGUGGAUAGUAACUAUAAGUUAACAAAAGAAGGAUUUCUCUCCAAGGUGCCUAUUCUCAAUGGUCAUGUCUACUCCAUCAAUGACAAUGCGACGGUGGAGGACGCAGCGACGGACUAUGAAUUUGUCAUCCGUCAGCUUGUCAAGAUUCGAACAGUUGGAGUUUCAGAGAGCAAUGACUGCCCCAAGUUCGACCUGAUUCUUCUCAGCAUCGGCUCUGACGGUCACAUCGCCUCAUUGUUCCCCCACCAUCCUGCACUUGAGCUGAAGGACGACUGGAUCACCUACAUCACCGACUCCCCGGAGCCGCCACCGGAGAGGAUCACCUUCACCCUUCCUGUGAUAAACUCGGCGGCGAACAUCGCCGUAGUUGCCACCGGAGAAGACAAGGCAAAGGCUGUGUAUUUUGCCAUCUCUGACGGUGCUGAAGGUCCAGAUGCUCCAUCGGUACCUGCAAGAAUGGUUCAGCCAACGGAUGGUAAGUUGGUGUGGUUUCUGGACAAGGCAAGUGCCUCGUUUCUUGAGGCUAAGAAUGAUGCCUGUCAGGACCCAGAGUAUUGACGAACUUGUCUUCCCCUUUUUGCUGCCUGUGAAGAGUUUGAUCAUGUAGUUGAUGUGGUUUUUGUGAUGGAAGAUGUUUUCCUCCAUUGCCUUGGUGGUAGUUCAGGUGCUAGUUUUGAAGGUACUUAGCUCUAGGAAGACGAAAAAUUCCAUGUCUUUUGCAGUUCAGUUGAUCAUGGUUAAGAGAGAUGUAGUGUGUACUUUAUGUUGAGAUCUCAAAGGAGUUACUGUGAGUAGCUAAGUUCAAAUAUUGGCCAAACCUUGUUAGUGUCGUUUGGUGUGCACUCCAUUAUAUAUGAGUUUGAGUUGCAUUCGUUUGUUAUAGUUGUUCUUAUCCAUGGAAAAUUUGCCGUGUUCAUCAGAACAUGUUUGGGUUGGAGCCCUCAACUGGGUUGUAUUUGGAUUAAGCUGCUCGUUGUGUC